AUGUUGCACUUGGAUUUCAGAACACUGAUUCUGCCUAUUGGCAUUGUUCGGACAGUGGAGGUGGUUCUAACAUGCAUCUGCUUUGCACUGGCGGCGUCAGCGGGAAUCCCGAACACAGCCACGUCCCAUUGGGCUUGGUGCAUGUUCUGCUGGUGCUUCUGCUGUUUCACGACCCUCCUCAUCAUCGUUUUGGAGUUUACCAACCUGAACACCAAAGUGCCCAUUUCCUGGGAAGACUUCACCAUGGCUUUUGCUAUGUUGGCCACACUUAUGAUGGUCACCAUCGCAAUCAUCUACCCCACGUUCUUCGCCUGCCCCUCCUGCUCCAGGCAGAUCGGGGCGUCUGCGGUGUCCUGGUUGUGUUUCGGGCUGUACGCCGCCGAGGUCUGGUUGGUCCACAAAAGACCUGGUGAAACCAGCGGCUUUCUCACCACCGUUCCUGGUCUCCUCAAGAUCCUGGAGACAUUCGUCACCUGCAUCAUAUUCACGUCUUCGAGUCCCGCCGAAUAUAAGGAGGUUCCAGGGACGCAGUGGUGCGUGGCCGUCUACUCCAUAUGCUUUGUUUUUUCAUUGCUGAUUAUUUUCCUCACCAUCGCCAAGUUGGCUUCCAUCUUUCCAUUUUCUUUUGACAAAGCGGUCAUUAGCUUCAACAUCCUGGCUGUGGCUAUGUACGCAACCGCUGUUGUUAUCUGGCCACUCUAUGUGUUUGACGGAAACCCACGUCCAAAUAAUUGUAACCGGUGUUCGUGGGAUGAUCUGGUGGUGGUGACCAUCAUGACCAUAAUCAACUUCUUUGUGUACACUGGAGAUUUGGCCUACUCUGUUAAAAUAGUAUUCUUUACCUAUCACGGCCAGGAGUAACGCCUUACCCAUGCCAUAUCUUUGGUUUAACAUGAAAAAAUAUUCUAUGUAACAUGUGUAAGGAUGUUUUUGGAUAUAUAAGGAGCGGUCACAUACCUUACACGAAAUAUCACGGGCAAAAAAAGGUCCUUUGUUUGUCAGCAAUGUAGUGAUGCAUGAAGCACCGCUUACUGAGAGGUCACUUCCAAACUAAGAAGUUUCAACGAGGCGAAAACGCGAGUUUAAUGUUGAACAAACUUGAAUCUGAUGCGGAAAAUGCGCGGAAAACAUUUCCCCUCA